AAUGUCAGCCUGCAGGACAUCAUGAGAGGACGGAUAGACGGAGCUCAGAGGACGAAGAAGAACUCAAACAUGAUCCGAGUGUUCAUCAGCUCCUGCUUCACAGAUAUGAGCAGCGAGAGGAAAGCCCUGCUGGAGAAAGCAUACCCAGAAGUCCUUGCUUUCUGUCGCAGUCUGGGGCUGGUGUUUGAGGUGGUGGAUCUACGUUGGGGGAUCCGAAGCGACUCGUCUGGAGAUCACGAGGCCUGCGAGAUCUUCCUGGAAGAGAUCAAGAGCUGUCAGAGGAUUUCAGCCGGUCCAGCUUUCAUCGCUCUGCUGGGGAACCGGUACGGCUACCGAAUACUUCCUCGCCUCAUCCCAGAGAAACAGUUUGAAACCUUUUUGUCCAGAAUCUCCAAGAACCAAGAAGGCGUCAAACAGCUGAAUAAGUGGUUCUUAAAAGACAACAAUGCGGUCCCACCCACUUACGUGCUUCAGCCAAUCACGACUCACUUCCCCCACUACAGCGACCUCCGACCUGAGAGCGGCCCGCAGCGGGACAAAAACCUCCUCUCUUGGCGAUCCACAGAGACUCAAGUGUUGAAGCUCCUACGCUCCUCCGCCACGGACGCCGAGGCAGCUGGUGACAUCAUAGCCGAGCAGAAACAACGCUUCUUCACAUCAGUCACAGAGCAAGAGUUUGAGCAGGGUUUGUUGAAGGACAACAGCGAACCGUCGGCUCUGCUCUUCGUGCGAGAUAUUCCCUGCCAGAAGGUAAGGGAUGGUCCCAAACGUCUCGCCAGGUUAAUGGACAUGACCGCCAAUGGGCUGCUAGACACAGAGGCUCAGGGACUCCUUGCUGGCCUCAAGUCCCGCCUCAACACUACACGGCAGAAGAUCCUCAACUUGCACUGCGUGGAGCUCAGCAAAGGAAGCAUCGACCCCAAACGCAAAGAGCACGCCCAGUACCUGGACAGGGUCUGCGAGCAGUUUGUCACCCAGAUGAAGGCCAGGGUUGAAGCGGUGGUCAAUUCGGUGGUGGGGGAGAGGCGUAGGAGGAUUUGGGGAAGCAUUGAGGAAGAAAGGGAGGAAAUCUCAGAUCGGGUGGUUGAAGAAGCUGUACGACACGCCACCAUGAGCACGGAGCUGUGCAGAGGUCUGUACGGCAGGGAGGGUCUUCUGGGUAAGCUAUGCUGCGCCAUGUGGGAGUCGACCAACGUCCGCCACAGCCCGCUGGUGGUGCACGGGGAUGCUGGGAUGGGGAAGACAACUCUGCUGUGUAAACUGGCGCAGGAGAUGGGUAGUGUUCUGGAGGCCGGGGGCGCGGUGGUGAUCAGGAAGCUCUCGGAUCGCCAUCCUCGGAGACCAGACAUCGACUACGUCCUCCGCAGUGUCUGCGUCCAGAUAUGUUUGGCUUGUGGUUUGGCUCUGCCCUCGCCACUGACGGCCAACACUCAUCUGGAGUUGCUCCCGUUCUUCAGGAAUGUCCUCACCGAGGUUUCCCAGCAAGGGAACACUCUGCUGAUAAUCCUGGAUGAUCUGGAUCAGCUCUCAGACCAACAUCAUGCUCACAAACUCCACUGGAUGCCCGCAGACCUCCCACCCAACAUCCACCUUGUGGUAUCCAUGGAUACCAACAGUGAGGCAUUCGCUAACAUGCGGCUGAAGUUGAAGAGUUUGGAGGGUUUCUUUGAAGUGGAACGUUUGUCCCGUGACGGCGGAAGACAGAUGAUGGAAUCGUACCUGCGAGCAUCUCAGCGAACUUUGACCCCAGAGCAAAGCAACACCGUGCUGCAGAGCUUUGAGCAGACUGGCAAUCCUCUGCACCUCACACUGAUUCUGUCUGCAGCCAAACGUUGGACAUCCUUCACCCCGCUCAUGUCAACACACCUGGGCCCCAACACACAGGAAAUGAUGUCACAGCUCUUCUUGAUGUUGGAGGAGAAACAUGGAAAGGAGCUUGUGGGCGGGGCCUUAGGCUACAUCACGCUGGCAAGAGAAGGUUUGCUGGAGGCUGAACUGCGUGACAUCAUGUCUCUGGAUGAUGACGUCAUCAGUGAGGUGUACAGGUACUCCCUCCCUCCGACCCCCUCGUUGCUCCGGCUGCCUCCCCUCCUCUGGGCUCGACUUAGACGGGACCUCGAGGAUCAGCUGGAGGAGCGCUGGACAGACGGGGUCGCCGCCAUCGCCUUCAACAACCGGCAUCUGUGCGAGGCGGUUUCAGCUCGGUAUCUGACAUCACAGCGGCGGGGGAAGAGCCUCAGGAUCCUGGCAGAGUACUUCCUGGGUCAGUGGUCAGGAAAACUGAAGCCGAUUGCCCUGCCUGGCCUGAGGCUGCUCCUCUCUGACAGAAAGGUCCCGCCCCAGCCAAUGUGGUUUGCUCCAGGAUUGGCCAACGUCAGGAAGCUUCAGGAGCUGCCCCAUCACCUGCUGCAUGCCGGCCUUUGGGACGAGCUGCGACAGGAAGUCAUUGGCAGUGCUGAGUGGCUGUACUGUAAGAGCAGAGUGUGUGGGGUGUCCAGUGUGAUCCAGGACCUGGAUCAGUGCUCCCAAUAUAUGGACUGCACUGAGACCAGGCUGGUCAGAGACACUAUGGUCCUGAUCAAACCCAGUCUGGACUUCCUGGACGGUCACAUGGACACGUUUCUAUUUUACUCCGAGCUGUUGGCCAGACUCUGCUCCUUGGCCACGCGUUUCCCCUCUGUGAUUGGUCAGCUGUGUAGCCAAUGUGAGGAGAGGUUACUGAUGUGUCCCGAACCGAUCCUCAUUCCUAAGUGCAGUUUCCUGCAGCAGCCAGGGGGGGCGCUACAACACACACUGACCGGACUGCAGGGAGGUGUGCUUUGUGUGGACGUCUGUAUGGAGGCGGGGCUUCUGGUUGCAGGCUCGGAUGACGGCAUGGUGGCGGUCUGGAGCCUCGCUGAUCAGAGGCUUGUAUACUCACUGCUGGGACACACAGGUGCGGUUCUGUUUAUCAAAGUGGUUGGAAGCGUCGCCCACUGCUUCUCAUUGGCUGCUGACGGCUCUCUGAGGAGGUGGAGCCUGAUGGACGGCCAACAGCUGCUCUGCAUCCAGGAGGCUCUACCUGUUGACUCCACCCCUUCCUCAGUACACCUCCACCUGUCUGAACAGCUGAUCUGUGUUUACACCAGGACACAGGUGAAGGUGUGGAAGCUGGACGGAGCUGAGCUCCUCCUCAGCAGCAGCAGUGAUGACGACGGGUCUGUGGUUCUGGGAGUUUUGGGAGAAUCCGUCCUUCGUCUGUGUGACUCUGGUCUGGUCAGAAUAUCUCAUCCUGCUAAUGAGACUCAAACUGUUGAGACUCGGCUGGAAAACUCACAGAGAGGUUUAACUCCUGUGAAAUCUGUUAUGUUACCCAAACGCGGAAAAGUGUUUGUGGUUUCUAAAGAAGGAUUCCUCUAUCAGAUUUCCAAGACAGGGAGACAGACAGCCGUCAAGUUUCCUCUGGUUCCGUCUUUGCUUUCAGUCACUGAAGAUGAAAAAAUACUGAUAGCAGGAAGUGAGCGGACUCUGAGCCUCUUUAACAUCGACAGAGACUCUGUGGACGGAUUCCUCGACCUCCAACACGACGACAGCGUUUUGUCCAGCUGCGUUUCAUCAGACUGCAGACUGCUCGCCUCAGGAGCUGCUGACCAACUCAUAAGAAUCUGGUCAGUGACCACUGGAGCGUUGUUGGACACUCUGUGUGGUUCAGACUCUCCCGUCACGUCUGUCGUGCUGUAUCACGGCUUUGUGGUAUCAGCCUCGACGGCCGCUGCCAGCAUCCAUCUGUGGAGUCUGAAGUACGACACCCGCCACAAGCCCACCGCCCACAUUCCUGCUGGCUGCGCCCAUGUUGCCGUCACUAAAGACGCAGAUCGAGUUUUCUACGUCCGGCAGCAGAGCCAGACAGAGGUCAUCAGCUGGAACAACAACACAGGUUCUCUAUCUGAGCGUUUGGCGGUCUCUGCUGAGGUUUGCUGUCUGGAGUUAGCUCAACACAAACGGCUGCUGUUCUGCGGCCUAACAACCGGCACCGUCCUCAUCUACCCGUUAGCCCUGCCCCAGGAGACGCUCUGUAUCCCCCCUCCGGAGAGCCUCUCCAGGGUGCUCUGCCUGGCUGUCAGCUCCCAGGAGAAGCACAUGGCGGUGGCCUACGAGGACUCAGUUUGUUUGUUCGAGAUCAGCACCAUGGACAGCUUCCCCACGGUGGAGGGACCCCUGGAGGGGUUCCGCCUGUCCCUCCUCCACGCCCCGCUGUCCUCCAUGGCCCUGCUGUCAGACCGCAGGCUGCUGUAUGGGACGAGCUGCGGAGAGGUGAAAAUCCACGACCUCUGCAGCGGCAGAACCCAAGAUUUGGAGCCUCAUGGCAGCAGGGUCACCUGCGUGACGGUCAGUAACUGGGGGACCCAUGCCCUGGUGGGCUCCAAGGACGAGGUCCAGAGGCUGUGGAGCCUGAGCCCUCUGGUCCUGGACCACACCAUGGAGUACAAGGGUUUUUUCUUCGAAGGCGUCCUCUCGGCUGCUUUCUCUGACAGCGACCAGUUUGUCUUCACUGGAUCUCAGGACAGAACUGUCAAAGUCUGGGACGUUGCUACAGGAAACCUGCUGUACGUUCAGUACGUCUACUCCCCCGUCGUCAGGAUGGUGACCUUCAAGAACGGCUUUGUGGCGUUGUCUCAGCAGGGCUCCGUCAUCAGAGAGGAGUUUUGCUGCCCGUACCACGUCAGUUCGGACUACAACCCUCUGAAGAACAUCAAGGCCCAGUACCGGGUCACCUCCAGGGAGAAGACGAACGGGGGCCAGCAGAGCCUCCAGGACUUCAACCCGGCCCAGUUAAACCUGAACCUCUUGAGCAUGCUUGGAACAAAUCCCUCCCCCACCUGUCUCAUACUGUAGGACACCUGGGCCAAAAGUCCAAGGGCCUCAAGGCUU